UAUUAAAACAUUGGUCUACAUUCUCCAACAGAAACCUUAAUGUAUCACAGAACGAGUGCAAGAGCUCUUGGCAACAAAACCAUUUCCCUCCUACCACCACCCACCCACAAAGCUGUUCCAGGAGCCAAAUCAACAAAAUAUGAGACUUUUAUUCUGGAUGACAUCUGUGCUAACAAUAUGUACGCUGAAUGCAACCCAGCCAAGGCCUAACUAUCUUCUAAUAAUGGUUGAUGACCUCGGAAUUGGAGAUGUUGGCUGUUAUGGAAACUACACAAUUAGGACACCAAAUAUUGACCGAUUAGCUAAAGAGGGCGUAACAUUUACCCAACAUUUAACCGCUUCUCCAUUGUGCACUCCGAGUCGUUCAGCCUUUCUUACAGGCAGAUAUCCAGUAAGAUCCGGUAUGGCGUCUAUGUCCAGAGUUGGAGUAUUUAUUUUUUCUGCCUCGUCUGGUGGACUUCCUAAUAAUGAAAUAACAUUUGCCACUAGGUUAAAGAAGAGAGGUUACUCAACAGGUCUUAUAGGAAAAUGGCACCUGGGACUGAAUUGUGAGAACAGCAGUGAUCAUUGUCACCACCCUGUGAAUUAUGGUUUCGAUUACUUCUAUGGAAUGCCCAUGACAAAUCUGAGAGAUUGCAUACCAGGUCAUGGAAGUGUUUUCUUAGCUGGAGCAGCCAGAUUCAUCAAAACGUUGAUUCAAAUUGGAUGCAUAACCCUCGUUACAGCUACACUGCUAAAUUAUAGUGGAAUUAUUAAGAUAAACUGGAAGGUCGUUAGUUAUAUUUUGAUAUUUUUUGGAUUUCUUUUUGGAUUGGUGUUUUUGUUUUUUUCGAAUUUCCGUUACUUAAAUUGUUUUUUAAUGAGAAAUCAUCAGAUUAUUCAGCAACCUUUUAAACAUGAGAAUCUUACUCAAAGAAUGACAAAAGAGUCAGUUGAUUUUAUAUUAAGGAACAAAUAUAAACCAUUCCUCCUAUUUGUGUCCUUUGCUCAAGUCCAUACAGCUCUCUACACUGAACAGAGAUUUAGAGGAAAAAGCAAACAUGGUCUGUAUGGAGAUGCAAUUGAAGAAGUAGAUUGGAGUGUAGGAACAAUUUUAAAUGAAUUAGACAAAAACUUCCUUCAGAAUAACACCCUAGUAUACUUUACAUCUGACAAUGGUGGACAUGUAGAAGAAAUAUCUUCCUCUGGUGAGGUUCAUGGAGGCUGGAAUGGAAUUUAUAAAGGAGGAAAAGCCACCUCCUGGGAAGGAGGCAUUCGUGUUCCAGGACUUGUCCGUUGGUCUGGAGUUAUUGAAGCUGGAAAGGUUAUUGAUGAAACGACAAGCCAGAUGGAUAUAUUUCCCACUAUUGUUAAACUUUCAGGUUCUACUCUACCUCAUGACAGAAUUAUUGAUGGAUAUGAUCUGACACCUUUGAUGAAAGGAAAAAGUGUCACGUCCGAACAUGAAUUUCUUUUCCAUUACUGUAAUGCAUAUUUAAAUGCUGUACGGUGGAAUCCGAGAAACAGUAAAUCAAUUUGGAAGGCUUUCUAUUUCACGCCAAACUUUCAACCCAAGGGUUCUAAUGGCUGCUUUGAUUCCCAUGUCUGCUUCUGUUAUGGCGAUUUUGUUACACAUCAUGACCCCUUAUUACUCUUUGAUCUGUCUAAGGACCCAGAAGAAAAAAAUCCACUCACACCCCAGACACAAAUGUAUUAUACCGUUCUUAGAACAAUUCAGCAAGCUGCACAAAACCAUACAGAAUCCCUUCAAGUGAUAGAUAAUCAGUUAUCAUGGAGCAAUAUCAUUUGGAAACCCUGGCUUCAGGCUUGCUGUUCAUCUUGGUUUGAUUUGUGUUACUGUGACAACGAUAAAGAAUUUGGGGGAGACUAAACCUGCAAAAAAAUCAAAGUGUAGUGUAUCCUAAAUAUUUGAUUUUAUAUCCUCUGAGAAUAUACUGUUCCUUUUAUCUUCUCGAGAUGUUAGAUCACAUGUAUUUUAGGUGGCAGUUUGAUUUCCAAAAUUUACCUAAGGCUGUACCUUGCACAUUCUAUCAAACCUCCCCCUGGUUCUAUUCUUAGCAUUUCCUACAACAUACAUCAGUUUUACAGAGCUGCAUGUGUUUAUCCUGAAGCUUGUUCACUUAUACUUUGUUACUAUCCUUCUGUCAGGGAAAUGAUUCACUUUGGCAUAUCACAAGCUAAGAAACAUAUCAGAAUUUUAUAAACGUGAUGUGAUGUUUCAUAACAAAAUAGGACUUUUUUCUUUGCUGCACUAAACAGCACAUAUACAGUUUUGCAGCGAUUGUCUUUAACUCAGAAUGUGAAUAAAACAAUGACAAGUUAGGAGAAAAUUCUAAUAAAUUUAUUCAAGGAUA